AAACCGAAAACUUUCGAAGGAAUGUAAUUGUGAGGCUGUUGCAAAGCUGUACAUGUUCAACUUGAACCUGAAUUGUUUCGAGCGUAUGAUUCUGGUAUAUUCUGAUGGAAUAUCAGGCCUAGGAUCCGACGGACAAGCCCGAAGUAUGUAAACCACAGUGGAAAAUGCGAUCGUGUCUCCCUCGACCAUCUCCUACUUAUUAUCAUGCACUUCAGGCUAUCUUCCCAGAAAAUUCGACAUCAUUAUGACGAUGAUCCGGCCACUGUUCGUUCUGUCAAUCAUCAGCGCUUGAAGAGCGUCAGCGCUAGACUUGCAUCAACCAUUGCUGCAAGGAAUAUUAUCAAUGCUAUACAGCGCCGUGAGAUUGUCCAUAGAUUGGAUAUCGGCAACAGUUCAAUGGGCGAUGAGGGUUGCGUACAGCUUUUCAACUUUCUAGACUCUCCUGCUGGUCGAACAUGCAAAAACAGCCUCACCGAGCUGUACCUCACAAGGAACGGUAUAGGUGGAAAGGGUCUACUUGCUGUAUCAAAGUUCAUCAGGGACAAUGAUGUGCUCAGGGAACUGUGUCUGUCCGGUGUGAGUACGGAAACCUCUGGUACUAUCCUGUUAAAGUCUCUCAAAUUGACACUUUCCUCGUGCUUAACGCAGAACCCAUUAUCGACCGAUGCGGAUGUCAUCGCACAAUUUACCACUGCACUGAACAGCUCGAGACUGUGCACGCUCCAGCUGAUCCAUAACGGCACUCUCUCUGACACCUUCAUUCGCGCAUUCCUUCCCAGCCUCAACGCACGGUAUCUGCGUCAACUCGGCCUUUCUGCCACCAAUAUUACCCGCGUUGUGGUCCCUACCAUCAUUGAAUAUGUCGCGUCGCCGCGUUGCAAACUGGACCAAUUGCAGUGCAACGCGAACAGCCUGACACUGCCCGGUGCGCGUGAAAUCAUCAACGCUAUCGAGCAUGAGAAUUACAGCCUUUUCAAGGUCAAUCUUGAUGACCUGCAUAUUGAUGAGUAUGAUGGCGACGGCGAGGAGCGCACUCUUGCGUGGCAAGAGGGUUGGCGGAUUUUAAACAAUACAUCCCAGAGGAACUUGACGAAAAAAAUCCGGGUGAAAAAGCAAGCUGUCGCGCUGCUGCUGUACAGCCGUGCAUUGUUCCUUCGGUCGGGCAAGCGGGACCUACACGGCGGUGCUCUUCUUGACUUUGAUUCUGUUUCCGCCCUCAAUCGACUUUCCGCAGGUGUCAAGUCAAAUAUCAUUUCCGCGCCCUCGAUGUUCUUCCAACUGCCUGAGGAAAUACAGCAGGAAGUCAUCGCCUUACUAGCACCGGAUCUAUCUCACCGGCAGCGUAUCCGCGUUGUUGCAUUUGGCGCAGAUUUUCGCACGCUUCCACAACUGGAUGAACCACGUCUUGAACCAGCGAAUGCGGUACAUCUCCCGGCGUUCAUGCGAGCAAGUGUCAGCCGGCAGACUGGUGCCACCUCCAAAGUACCACAUGAAGGUUCGUGGAAACCUCCAGCGUGGUGGGAGUGUGCGUGCCCUGAGGAGAAGCGUAGACAUUGCCGAACUCUCCACCGCUGGGAGAGAGAGAGGCGAGAUGUGUGGCUGACGCAUGUUGGAUGCGACGUUUGGGAACCUGAAUUUGCCAUGCGAGACGCAGAACUUUGAUCGCGACUGGUUCGGACUCGUUUCUGCUCCUGGGACUUGUUAACAUCUCAACGAUCGUAAGCAAGCCGUCAUUGCGCACCGAUAUUUACGUAAUUUGUGUCUCUCUUGAGAUAAGCUGUGCGCUGCUGUGUCUUUUAUGCAAAGUACAUAAAAUUCAAGUUUGCUUCUCG